CACAGGCGAAGUGCGGCACUGGUGUUGACGGUCAGUGAGUGGAUUCUGUUUGAAUAAUAUUCCUGACCUACAUCUCUGAGACAGGCCUGCACAUCUGCGCAAACAUUUUGGUCGAAACGGCGAGCGCGCGGAACGAAACGGCAGGCAGGAUGAGCAAAGUCCAGGGCGGCAUGAAAUGUGUCAAAUACCUGCUGUUCGUCUUCAACUUCAUAUUCUGGCUGUCGGGCUCACUGGUGUUGGCUGUGGGAUUAUGGUUGAGGUUUGACCCAGACACGGCCAACCUCUUAGCCGAAAAUGAUGCCCCUGAGCACUUCUUCAUUGCGGUGUACAUCCUGAUCGGAGCGGGAGGCGUCAUGAUGUUGGUGGGGUUCUUCGGCUGCUUCGGGGCCAUGAGGGAGUCUCAGUGUCUUCUGGGUUCGUUCUUCGCUUGCCUUCUUGUAAUUUUUGGCGCAGAGGUUGCUGCUGGAGUCUUUGGCUUUCUAAAUAAGGAUAAGAUCAUUCAAGAUGUCCAAAACUAUUACCAGUCUUCUAUGGAAAAUGGCAAUGGGACUGCUAUUGUAUCCAUGUAUCACAAUGUGCUUGAAUGCUGCGGGUCUGAGUCCUCUCCCUCUUCUGGACUGUGCAUUGCUGAAAGUCGUGUCAUGGAUUGUAACACAGCUAUAGAAGACUUCUUCAACGAAAAACUCUUCAUAAUCGGAUAUGUUGGCAUCGGCAUUGCUGGAAUUAUGAUAAUUGGCAUGAUCUUCAGCAUGGUUCUAUGCUGUGCCAUUCGGAACAGCAGAGAAGUUAUUUAGGUUCCUCGCGGUUCCCCUCUCACCCAGUUGGACUGUUUCAAAGCCCGCCGUCUUUGACCUCAUCAGACCAUCACAUUCAGGCUCGGGAAGCGGGUGGAGGAGCUCUCAUGAGGCAGUGUUGGUCUUGUGGUACUGUUUUGUGAACAGCGUUCUAUCUCUGAUUGUUUCUGUCUUUUCUGUUACUUGCAUUGUUUGAUGAUGACCUCCACUGCAUGGACUGCUACUGUAACCGCAUUAACCUUUACAUUUAUUUUGUCUUUAUUUAUUACUGAACCAUCAUCACAAGGGGAAACUUCACAGUGUACGUCUUGCUUUUUUCAAACUUGAUCUCCUUUAAUAGAGUCUUCAGUUCAGACUUUCAGUGAACUGGACAUUUACUUUCUGAUGUAAAUAAGCCUCUCUACUGCCUCACUGAUCAACUACUUUUCAUGUUUUUUUUUUAUGUUAUUUAUUGUGUGAACUAGACCAGGUUUUUGUGCUAAUAGAUAAUGGGUCAUAUGUUUGUGUUUUGCUGGUUAUUAAUAUUUGGUUGUAAUUUUGCUUUGAAAAAUGAAGCUGAGAAGUGGAUUGAGUCAACAAAGUCAACAUGAACUCAGUCAAUUUAAUUUCAUAACAUUUCAAGUUUUAUAGUGAAAGGUUCAUCAGUGCAUGGUUUUCCAAACAAAACAAUUAGCUUCAUAAUUUUAUCAAAACUUAACUUGCUCUUUUUCUCUAAAACAACUUUUUGACCUCGCUCCUAUGUGCUAUUGGUUAAUGUUAACCAAAAAAAAAAACAUCCGUUUAGGCUACUAUCGUAGGCCACAUUUUAAAAAUAUUGCCAGUAGUAAUUUAAUGUUGAUUGAUAGUAAUAUAAUAACGAUUACAGCAAUAAUAGCAAAUAAGAGUUGAAAAACGGUUACUGCUGAGAGGAAACUCAACUUUCAACCUCCAUGUUCCAGACAAAACCCUAAAAUUGUUUGAUUCAUGUUGACUUUUUCAAGUGUCACUGGUUUAAUCUUUUUUUUUUUUUCAAUCUGGUUAAUGCAUGUUACUUUCCUUACUUGGCUGAUUUUGAAUCUGUAAAGUUCAAACCCCAGUUUUUAGGGAGAUCAACAAUACCACUGUAAAAUUGUAAAAACAUGUCUGAAGUAAAUCUUCAACCAUUUCCUCUUUUUCUAGCUUUUGCAGGUCUGUUCAGGAAUGUGACCCACUAGUUUUAUUGUUCUAUGUGCCUUUAGAACAGACGAAGCUGCAUCAUAAACAUGUUUGCAAUUACAAUAUGCUCAUUUUUGGAGUUGCUCUUAACGUCAAGUAGGGUUUUUUUUUUUUAACUGUUUCAUAGCAUCGUGUUGCAUGUAAAUGGCUUUGAAACAAGAAACUAUGGUCAUUGGGCAACAUUAAAACAGCGCUCAAACAUUUGAUUUAUUUUUAUUCAUUUUUGUAAUGUUGAAUUAGACCAUUGCAUUAAACAGAAAUUAAUACAUGUUGCAUUGAGGCGUCAUUGUAGGAAGAUGUUAAUACUGUCAUCAAACAAUCGCAGCACUGAAACAUACAGCCUUUUGCUCAAGGCCAGGUCCCUCAAACUUUGUGAAGAGUUUGUCUUUCAUGAUAAUUAAGGCAAACACAUGACCUGAAAAUAAUGACCUACGCUCUGGGAUCAGAAAUCCCUGGAAGCUACAGUUGUAAUACAUGCUGGUCCAUGUAACAGAAAAGAAAAAUAAACGCACGUCUUAAAUAAUUGCAUAAAUACGAUAUGCAUCAAAUGUUAGGCUGUUUUAGGUAGCCAUUGCAUACUUCAUUUUAGACUGCAACUUGUUGUACCUUCACCAAAAUCAGCUCAGAAACUGAAAUGGACCGCGAUGUGCAUCUGAUGGAAUGAAAGUCAAUGGCAUUCCCUAAAACUAUGAACAAUUUAGAGUUACAAGGUCUGAAAGCUUCAAAAGCAUUAAGUAACCCAAUUGUUUAGACACUGAAAACAGUGACAGGAACAGAAAUAAAUGAAUU